UUCCUAUGUCUAUGGUUCGACACUAGCCAAACCUAAGUAAACCUUGUUCUAACUUUAAAAUGCGUUACUUUGAGGUUAACCGAAGGGAAUAAAUUAAAAAAAAUAGAUUCACUUUACUUCCAAAAUUUAUACGAUGUAUUCUUUAACUAGAAUUUCGCGUAGAAGACUAUGUCAAGAAUUGAUACGAUUACAAUCGACAGCGGCCACAACGUCCUCAUCUUCAGAAAUUCAUAUUCCAAACAGGAUAGAACGUGGGCCAACAGAUAUCUUAAAGGCUCUUGAAAGCACAAUAUCUAGGGAUUAUACGGCACCACAUUACAAGUAUCAUGAUGACCCAUUUCUUACACCAUUAUCAAAAGUUCAGAAUCGCUCUUAUGCAUUAGCACGUGAAUCUGGAAGAAAAGCUGCGAUAUGGAUUCGACAAGAACAUUCCGAUUUGUUCCAACACAAGGUGGCGGAGCCUGAAAUCAAGCCAUUUGUGCCAUCUCCAAUUUAUACAGAAAAUAGUACAGUUACAGAAGAAACGUUAUUAUACGAAAUAUCAAAUGGCAAUGUUCCCGAUUCUAUCACAAUAUACGAUUUGCUAAAAGGUAACAUAACUGUGCCUACAAAGCAAGCCCUUUUGGAGUUGUUGUGCUUUUACAAUAACAGCGAGCCCAUUAAUUCUGAUUUUCUUGAGACUCGCUGGUUUCAGCUCACAAGAAAUCAUAAAAAGAAUAUUUGGAUAAAUCGACCACAGAUCGACAUAUUGUUUAACUCUCUCAUACAGGAAGAACCAGUGGUAGCCGCUGCCGCGUACGAUGCGUUGUUAUGCGGGUUAGCGAAAUGCCACAGUGUGGAUAAGUCUUGGCACUUGUACAAUGAAUGUCAACAAAAGAAAAUACCAUUAUCUGUCAGAGGAUAUAACUCUAUGAUAUCGAUAGUGCCGUUGAUGAGCGAAGGAAACGAGAAGCCGAAAACGUUGACUAUGGAUAUAUUCCGAACGAUGGCCGCGAACGGAGUCGCUCCGAAUAUUCACACGUUCAACGCUGCUCUCAACACAGCGGUCAAUUUGCAAUCCAAAAAAGCAGCCAUUGAAUUUGCACGCACCAUACUCGCCGAUAUCAAACAAUGCCAUCUAAAACCGUCGUUGACCACGUAUUUUUAUGUAUUAUGUAUUUUAUAUAAAUUCGACGACUCGGCGUACAGCAGCUUCAUGGAGAUCUUGAAAUCCUUGAAGAGGGAGACUCUCACUAUCCAAGAUGCAAAGGACAUGUUUUUCUUCGUGACUGCGAUGGAAAUGGCAUUCCAGCAAUUUUGCAGUCGUGAGGCAGGUGAAGCGGUGAACGAGCUGCUACUCACCGGGGACAAUUAUAAAUUUAUCGGUGACAAUUACAAGGAAAACAGCUAUUACCGCGCGUACUUGGAGCUGAUCUUAGCAACGGAGGAUUUCGAGGUGUUCUUUAAGAUCUACAACAAGUUCGUUCCGCAUGUAGCCAUAGCGGAACCGUCCGUGAUGCAAGCUAUAUUGGAAACUCUGCAGCUGCUUCCUGCGGAGACCGUCACACAAUAUAUACCGAAAAUCUGGUCCCACAUGAUCAUGUUCGGUUAUCUGGAUAGGGAAGGCUUAUUAGAGCGUAUAUUGCACUUGAUCAGCGUACAUUGCAAACCCACGCCCGAUUCGCCAUUGAACACGCAGUUCGCGGAGGUCGCGCUCACCAUCUGGGAUCACAUACAAUCUCAAAAUGCCAAGAGGAUGCAACACCUCAUGAUGCCCAGCACGGUGAUGGGCGAUAUCGCGGUGCUGCUUGCACGCGGUGACAACAUGGACAAAAUGAUAGACGUUAUCUUGUCGCUGACCAAAUUACCGCAUCUGAUGAAAGGCGUCAUCGAAAUGGAGCGUAUAAAUGAAAUAUUCGAGCUGUGCUUAGCUCAAGCACAUACACCGGCGGUCUUUGUCAUCAUCAAGUACAUGGUGUCCUCCGGUCUGGAAGGAGUCGGGGAUAUGGCCAAGAAGUUCCACCAAAACGUAGCUCUUACCUCCACGCAGGAGGACAUAUUAGUCAACUUGGUGGGUGAUAUCAUCAACUUGCCGCUCUCCGACGAGCAGCCCUCCAAGUAGAGCGAACUACAAAUAUUUCCUAGCGAUCGCAAUAGCGCAGCAAUUGUUGAGAUGUGAAGCGGUAUUAUUUGUUCGUGUAAUUAGCAUCGCUUCGAAAGUUUAUAAUCGACACGACAGGACUUUUGUACGUAUAAUAUCAUAGGUGUACCAUUAGUAUAUUUUAUUGUACAUGCGAGACUGUAACAUGCUGGAAAAUGAAGUUCCAUCGAUCGAUCGAGAGAA